GUGCCGCUGACUUGAAGGUAUACAUUGUCCCCAAAUGUGAAAUAGUUAUGGGUGAGGACAAAGUCACAAAGUUCAGCCACCAGGUUUGCCGUGACAUUAUCGGGGAACACUAUCCACUAUCAUAAAGUUCCGGUUUCCCCCCCCUUGCGGUCCCGCGGGACUGGGGCUGUGUCUUUCAGUGAAGACUCUCCCCUCCCCCCGGGAUAGAGGUUGAACUGAGGCAAUUUCCAGUGUUACUUUCACUUUCCCCGGGCAAAGGCUGCGAGCCGAGCACACGUUUAUCAAUCGGUACAAACCCAGUUUCUGUUCACAACCUUCCGCGGAGAAGCCCCGAGACAAAACUGCAGCUCUGCCAUCGCCAGAAUGAGCUGAGCCACAUCCGUGACCGACAGGAGCCAGAGGAGCCAGCCAGAGGAGCGAAGUCUGACCACACCUGACUGCUCAGAAGACCCAACCAGAGCGGAAGCAGAGAGAACAGAAGGCUAGAGAUCCCAGCAGCCAUGGCCUCAGGGGCUCCUGUACGGGAAAUCCAAGAGGAAACCAACUGUCCCAUCUGCCUGGAAUAUCUGAGGGAUCCAGUCACCGUACAGUGCGGGCACAACUUCUGCCAGGUCUGCAUCACUCAGUACUGCGAGACAUGGGCAGAGCUGGGCUCUGGCCCCUUGUGUUGCCCCAGUUGCAGAGCCCGAAUCCAGAAAGGGGUGCUCCGAAAAAACUAUCAGCUAGCAAAUAUAGUGGAAAAAAUCAAAGACCUGGAUUUCAAACCAGGAAAAGAGAAUCUGUGUGAGAGACACGGCAAAGCCUUGGAUCUGUUCUGUGAUGAGGACGGGGAAGCCGUGUGUGUGGUUUGUUGGAAAUCUUCAGAGCACAGAUCUCACACGGUGCUUCUCCUGGAGGAGGCUGCCCAGAAAUACAAGGAAAAAAUCCAGGCCCAUUUGAAGACUCUGAGGGAAGAGAGAGAAAAGCUCCUGGGAUUUAAAAUGACUAGAGAGGGGAAAAGGCAGGAGUAUCAGAAACAAACACAAACCGAGAGGCAGAAGAUUGUGUCUGAAUUUCAGCAGCUGCGGCAGUUCCUGGAGGAACAAGAGCGACUCCUGCUGGCCCAGCUGGAGAAGCUGGACAAGGAGAUUGUGAGGAUCCAGAAUGAAAAUGUCAGUAAACUCUCAGAGGAGAUUUCCCAUCUCAGUGAGCUGAUCAAUGAGAUGGAGGGGAAGUGUCAGAAGCCAGAAAAUGAAUUCCUCCAGGAUGUCAGAAGCACCUUGAGCAGGUGUGAGAAGAGGAAGUUCCAGCAGCCAGAGGAGAUUUCUCCUGACCUGGAAGAGCAAGUCAGCGAUUUCUCCCAGAAAACUAUUGUGCUAAUGGAGACUCUGAGGAAGUUCAAAGACAGUCUGCCGUCUGCACUGGAGACACAAAUUGGGGAAUCCCUAGGAGCACACAGACAGGAGAAUGUGACUCUGGAUCCAGACACGGCUCAUCCCGACCUCGUCCUGUCUGAGGGUGGGAAAAGUGUGAGAUGGGGAAACACGUGGCAGAAUCUGCCUGACACCCCUGAGAGAUUUGACACUGAGCCCUGUGUGCUGGGCUGUGAGGGAUUCACCUCGGGGAGACAUUGCUGGGAGGUGGAGGUGGGGGGUGAGGGAUACUGGGCUGUGGGGGUGGCCAGAGAGUCUGUGGGGAGGAAGGGACGGAUCAGCCGUAGCCCUGAGGGGGGGAUCUGGGCUGUGGAGUGGGACUGGUGGGGGGAUCAGUUCCGGGCUCUCACCUCCCCUGUGACCCCCCUGCCCCUGAGCCGGGCCCCCAGCAGGAUCCGGGUUUGUCUGGACUGUGGCCGGGGGCAGGUGACAUUUAUCGGUGCUGGUGACGAGGCCCCGAUCUUCACUUUCCCGCCGGGCUCCGUCCCUGGGGGGAGAAUCCGCCCCUGGCUCUGGGUGGGGGGGGGAUCCCGGCUCCGCCUGUGUCCCUGA